CGGCAGGGGGCGGCGCGGGGCCGGGCCGGGCCGGGUCCGUCCGCGCUCCCUCCCCCGCUCCCCGCCUUCCCUGCGCAUCGGAAACAUGGCGGCGGCGAGGGACUGAGCAGCCCCAGCUCUCGGCGGCCGCAAAGGUUUUGAUAUGCCGCAGUAUUUGUACUGGCUUUGCUGUCUUGUAGGAGUGAUGGGGAACUAGAGCCCAUGACAGUUCAGUGGAGCCGUUGGCACUUUUGAUAUCUUGACAUCUUCCGUUACCUAAGAGCGAGCCGGUCCCAGGAUAAGGACAGCAGCGGGUGAUAUAAUGCGGAAACCAGGCCCUCAGAAAGCCAUAGACUGGAAAGAUGGUAAAAAGCACAAGUAUGGCCGCCCGUCAGAGUCUCCCUCCGAGUACCAAGGUCACUUCACCUGGGAGAAAUACCUGAAGGAGACAUGUGCCAUCCCAGCUCCUGCCCAUUGCUUCAAGCAGUCGUACACUCCACCUGCAAACGAGUUCAAGAUCAGUAUGAAACUAGAAGCCCAGGACCCCAGGAACACCACCUCCACUUGCAUUGCCACGGUGGUGGGUCUGACGGGCGCCCGCCUCCGCCUGCGCCUCGACGGCAGCGAUAACAAGAACGAUUUCUGGCGGCUGGUGGACUCUGCUGAAAUCCAGCCCAUAGGAAACUGUGAGAAGAACGGAGGGAUGCUGCAGCCUCCACUGGGCUUUCGGCUGAAUGCCUCCUCUUGGCCCAUGUUCCUUCUGAAGACUCUGAAUGGAGCAGAGAUGGCUCCUGUCCGGAUUUUUCACAAGGAACCACCAUCUCCAUCCCAAAACUUCUUCAAGACAGGUAUGAAGCUGGAGGCAGUGGACAGGAAGAACCCUCACUUCAUCUGCCCGGCCACCAUUGGGGAGGUGAGAGGUUCUGAGGUCCUCAUAACAUUUGAUGGCUGGAGAGGUGCCUUCGAUUACUGGUGCCGAUAUGAUUCCCGGGACAUCUUUCCCGUAGGCUGGUGCUCGCUGACUGGAGAUAAUCUGCAGCCCCCUGGAACAAAAGUUGUGAUUCCAAAGAGCCCUUUACCUGCCUCCGAAGUAAACUCGGAGAAACCUAGCAUGCACAGUAGCACAAAGACUGUUUUGGGGCAUCAACAAGGGCAAAGGCGUCGCAAAACAGGGAAGAAGCGUGGUCGAACGACCAAAGCGCUAAUCCAUCACCCCAUGCCUACACCCUCCAAGUCAGUGGAGCCUUUGAAAUUCCCCAGAAAGAGAGGCCCCAAGCCUGGCAGUAAGAGGAAACCUAGGACAUUGCUGAACCCAGCACCCACCUCUCCAACAACCAGUACCCCAGAACCAGACACAAGCACUGUGCCUCAGGACGCUGCUACAAUCCCCAGCUCUGCCAUGCAGGCUCCCACAGUUUGCAUUUACUUGAACAAGAACGGCAGCACUGGGCCCCACCUAGACAAGAAGAAAGUUCAGCAGCUGCCGGACCAUUUUGGACCAGCUCGAGCUUCUGUUGUCCUGCAGCAAGCAGUACAGGCCUGCAUUGAUUGUGCUUAUCACCAGAAAACAGUCUUCUCCUUCUUAAAACAAGGCCACGGGGGAGAGGUCAUCUCAGCUGUGUUUGAUCGGGAACAGCACACUCUGAACCUGCCAGCAGUAAACAGUAUCACCUACGUCCUCCGCUUCCUGGAGAAGCUCUGCCACAAUCUCCGCAGUGACAACCUCUUUGGGAACCAGCCUUUCACUCAGAACAGCCACAUGCAGCGCUCACACGAGUACGACCACGACAGGUAUCUACCAGACAGAAGCAGUUCGUUAGACGGCACUCUGCAGGGACCAGGCCGGGGUACAAAGCGCUAUUCCCAAGAUUCCCCUCCAUACAGUGCUCCUCUCUCCCCCAAGUUACCAAAGAAUGACCGUCACCCUUUGGAAGGUGAAACCUUUGUCCUGGGAGAUGGGCUCCCAGGGCCCCUGGAGCCUCGCCUGGACCCCAUGGACUCUGCCUUGAACUCUGUCAAUUCAUCCAGCCACGGCAGGAGCUCCAGAGACUGUCGCCUGCCGGGAUACAGGCACCUGCACCAGCCCUCGAGCCUCAGCCCGGGCAGCACCUCUGCCCUGCGCAGGCUCGGCUCCGGGGGCUCAGACAGAUACCUUGGAUCUCGAGACAGCUCUCGGCUCAGCAGCCGUGACCCCUCGUCCUGGACGGUGGAGGAGGUGAUGCAGUUCAUACGAGAAGCAGACCCACAGCUGGGAUCCCACGCUGACCUCUUUCGAAAACAUGAGAUCGACGGGAAAGCCCUGCUUUUGCUGCGGAGUGACAUGAUGAUGAAGUACAUGGGGCUGAAGCUGGGGCCGGCCCUGAAGCUCACUUACCACAUUGACAAGCUAAAGCAAGGCAAGUUCUGAGAGGACGCUCCGCUCCUGGCCACCCGAACCCGCGCUCGCCUGCCGACAGGUACGCAUGCACACCCCACCUACGCCGCAGACGGACACCUCGCCAACACCCCGGCCCCAACGCAGGGCUCUGACCCCUGCGCCCACGGACAGACCCCGGCCAGCGCUUGGGAGGAGGCUGCGCGCGCUUGGCCCCGGGGCUUCGCAGCGACCUCGAGUAGCGGGCGUCCUGCUGGAAGCGGAGGUUCUCUCCCCGCUGCCCGGCCCGCGCUGCUCCGCAGGCUCCCGGUCCUGCUUCCCCAGGAUGACACAGGUCUCUGGGCGCUUCCGCGGCUCCUCUCCCUUGGCUCAGCGCUGGGGCAGCGCUCGACUCCCGUCCCCUCGCAGGGGGGUUGUUGACUGGAGGGGACUGGAUGCUUUGCGCUUCACCAGCGCCCGUCUGCGAGGGGGACGGUGCCCCCGGCCCGCGCUCGGCCCCCGUAGCACCGCUCCGAGCUCAGCACCGCGCCUGCCCUGUCCCUGUCUUCCACACCGGGGGGGCCCGUCCCAGGGCCACUCACCUCCAGGCUCUGCCGGCCCUUAGGCUCCCGGCCGCCCUCCGCCUGGGGAUGCCAGAGCCCUCCCUAUUUAUUUCUGGCCGGGGAGGCUGCGUGGUGGCACGAGGCGCUGCCCAGGAGCGUGGGUCGAGCUGCCGGGGAGCCGAGGAGCGUUCCCGUGGCGGGACAGGCCUGGGUGGGCACCGGAGGCUGCUGGAUGCUGCAGGACUCGACUGAUCCUUUUUUUUUUUUGGAUUUUUUUUUUUUUAUUUUUUUUUUAUAAGGAGUUGUCUGUUGAAAAUGAUGAAAUGAUUUUUCUACCUGUUGUUGAACUCGCAACUCUUGGAGAUUUUUAGCCAGAGGUGCAAAGGUUCGUCUUCCCGGGGGCCCUCCCGUCCCACCGGGGGUCGGUCGGUCCCGGCGCCGCGUCUGCGGGAGGGCGGCGGGUCCGGGAGCCAGAGGAUCCCGCUGCGGUGACCUGUCCCUGCACCGCUCUUCCUGCCAGGGCCCUGCCCUGCCCAGGGGGCACCUGUUUGUUUCAGACAGUCUAAUGUAUUUAUUUGUGAUGGCACUUGAGCGGUAACCCCCUGUCCCAGACACGUUACUGCAGCUGCAAGAGGAGCGGAGCCCGCCCGGCUGCGUCCCCUGGGCAGGGGCUGUGGGGACAGGGGCUGCCCGUCCCCUGGGGCAUCGCCUGCCCCAGGGAGGGGGUGACGUGGGGCGGCGGAGGCGAGGGCUGCCCCACACACGCACCCACAGCUCCCGCUCCCUCUCUGCAAUGACCAAAGGGGCUGGGACGGGGGUCUCCGCUGCAAGCACUUCCCCCUCCCCUCACCCUCUGCGCAUCCGGAGCAGCGUCCCCGUGUCCCCGCGUCCCCGCCGGCGGCAGGAAGGGCCCCCCCCCCGGGGAAGGACCCUCCAGUCUCUUGCACUGGGUCAGGCUUACCCCUAAGGGGAAAAGUUGCAAAAAAAAAAAGAAAUACCCCAAACCCCAAA